GCCCCAUUUGCUUCCUCAUUCUCGUAGGUCGCUAGUUUCAUUCUCGUGACCGUAUAUGCUCUUUUUGGGGUCAAAUUGUAUUUUGUCCGUUCAUAAAAGUCGUCCGGUUGCUGCAGUUGCAGCUCUGCUAGCACGCCAGCGUCGUCCUCGCGAUCGCUUUGAAAGUCGCACCAUCGGUCGCCGUACGUUGGGCUGUUCGCUACCGGUUUCUGGGCACACCAGUGUUGGAGCUCAGCACUGUGUAAUAUUUCUCACAAAACAAGUUACUGUUAAAUAAUUUCUCUCUCCUCCUUAUCCUACCUACCGUUUCCCGAUGCGUCAGCAUGAACCACCCAUAGUCACACAGGUGGCCGGACCCCAGGGGCGUCGCUUGGAGGCCGCACACUUGCC